AUUGCCGGGCCUGACACGGGGAGUUCAAUUCCGUCGUCAACAGCAGCGCGGCCAGUGUAGCGGAGGGGUGGAGCAGUGAUCGGUGUGCCGUGUGCGAGCGUGCAGUGCGUGCGCAUGGCGGCGCAGCUGGGACUCGUCGGCCACGAGGCGUACGCCGCCGCCUGCUCCUACCCGCCGCCCGCCGCCGCCUCCUCCUACUUCUUCCCUCCCGAGCUCGUGGCGGACAGCGGUGGUGCUGGUGCCGUGAUGAUGGAGUUCCCGCCGCCCGCCGCCUGCACGGCUGACUACUGCCUCCCGGAGAUCAUGGGCGCGCGAACGCACGACUACUACUGCUCGCCGCCGGCGCCGGCGCUGGCCAAGGGCUGCGCUGCCGCUGCCGAGAACGAGAUGAUGAACAUGAGCUACGUGGACGAUGGCGGGAGGAUGACGAUGAUGGGCGGGUCGGCUGGGAACGGCGGCCGUCAGCCAUCGCCGCGGAUCGGGUUCCGGACGAGGUCGGAGGUGGACGUCCUGGACGACGGCUUCAAGUGGCGCAAGUACGGCAAGAAGGCGGUCAAGAGCAGCCCCAACCCGAGGAACUACUACCGGUGCUCGGCGGAGGGGUGCGGCGUGAAGAAGCGCGUGGAGCGGGACCGCGACGACCCACGCUACGUCGUCACCACCUACGACGGCGUCCACAACCACGCCGUGCCCGGCCGCGGCGGCGCCGCCCAGCAGCCGGCGCGCUCGGCGGCGCCCCUGGUGGCGGCGCCGUGGAGCGCGCCCGCCGCUCCCUGUGACCCGUGGGGGACGCAGCUCCAUGCCGCGGCUCACUCGUCGGAGUCGUCCUACUGAUGGGCCAUUUCUAGCUUCCUACGCACCACCAUGUAAAAUGUUCAGAAAUGGGGAGAUCGAUCCCUGCUUUUUUUGGGUUUGUACCAUAAUAGUUACACGAUGAAUCGGUUUGUCUGAUUCGCUUGACUGGACAUUACAGAUUCCUGUGUGUAGUUACUUGUUGUAAGAUCUUACAUUCUUACUCCUUCCAUUUUUUAAAAUAUAUGGUGUUUAGGGCAAGUUAAUUAGUUUAUUUUAAAUGAAUUUGCCAAUCGAUCCUAAACAUAAUAUAUUUAGACAUGGAGGGAGUAUUUUGUAGUACUGAUCCAGCUGCUAAUCAAGCUUUGGUGGGAACACAUCAUGGAAUUCUAUGGUCAAUAAGAAUGGGGAUUGCGCCUUUUAUUUC